UUCUCAGCUUUGCCCGUGAACUAAAUUUAGAACUAGGCUGACAUUGCCUCUCACUCGGUGACAGUCUGACCCGGGGUUCACUCACUCAGAGCCACGCUCGACACGGGUCCCCUUGCCAUACCCUCAGCUGAUCACCGCCAGCGUGGGGCAUGUCAGCUUCUGUCACCGCCGAUGAUGGUACUUUCUGAGACGCACCUGUGAUCCCGCCAUCUAAACCUAAGGAAGCUGGGGACUCUGUGACAAUGUGGAGAAACCAUGUCAGGGAACGGGGUUUGCGCCGGGGCUGUCAACGCCGUGAAGGAAGUGUGGGAGAAGAGGAUACAGAUACUCACGGAAGACCUGAAGCGAGAGAAGGAGUUUAAACAGAAGCUCGUGCGGAUCUGGGAGGAGCGGGUCACCUUGACGAGGCUGAAGGAAAAGGUCACCAGGGAAAACGGCCGAGUGAUUUUGAAGAUAGAGCAGGAGGAGUGGAAGACCCUUCCUUCUUCUCUCCUGAAACUGAAUCAGCUACAGGAGUGGCAGCUGCACAGAACUGGUUUGUUGAAAAUCCCUGAGUUCAUCGGAAGAUUCCAGAACCUCAUUGUGUUAGAUUUAUCCCGAAACACGAUUUCAGAGAUACCCCAAGGGAUAGGGCUGCUUACUAGACUUCAGGAGCUGACUCUUAGUUACAACAAGAUCAAGACGGUCCCCCCGGAGCUGAGUAACUGCGCCAGCUUGGAGAAACUGGAACUGGCUGUCAACAGAGACAUCUGCGAGCUCCCUCCGGAGCUCGGCCGCCUGACGAAGCUCACCCACCUGGACUUGAGCAUGAACAGCUUCACCGCCAUCCCCGCCGCCGUGCUGAGCAUGCCCGCCCUCGAGUGGCUGGACCUGGGGAGCAACCAACUCGAGCAGCUCCCCGACGCCAUAGAGAGGAUGCAGAGUCUGCACACGUUGUGGCUGCAGCGGAAUGAAAUCGCCUGCUUGCCCGAGUCCAUCAGCAGCUUGAAAAACCUGGGCACGCUCGUUCUCUGCAACAACAAACUGCAAGACAUCCCGGCGUGCAUGGGCGAGAUGCCCAGCCUGAGGUUUGUCAACUUCAGAGACAACCCGCUGAGACUGGAAGUGACCCUUCCCGCCCCUGAGAGCACUGAGGAGGAGGAGGAGCAGGAAUUAUUCGGCCUCCAGUUCAUGCACACCUACAUCCAGGAGUCCCGGAGACAAGCAGAGCGAGAGGAAGGCAGAGGGAGAGAAACAUCGAUGGGAGAGGAACAUCCACCCGCUGAACCUGCAGGUUCCGCAGAUGCCGCAGCCGACCGUGCGACCACGCCCCCCGCCUCUACAGACCCCGACGGCUGACGGGACCCAGGCGCCUGCUGUAGUGACUUU